GUGGGAAUGCCAGCGCCCCUCUCCGUCUCCAGUCGCACGCUUGGCCAAGUUGGUGUGCCUCAGGCGCUUCCACCGGGAGCCCGGGUUAUCCGCGCCUCGCAGCCGGCGCCCAUGCCCGGUGCGCCGCAGGUCAUGCCGGCGUCCGCGAGGCCAUACGUGGUGGGUGGACCGGCCUACGCAGCACAGCCAAGACAGGGAGUUCGCACCACCAAGACUGGUGACGUGGCUCCCAGCGAG